CCGCAACGUCAUCACGCUCCGAUCGCUCACCUUAGUUACGCGCGAACCAGCUCCUUCCCUCCUCCCUCCCCCCACAACCCAAGAUGACAUCCUCACCCCCGCCCCCGCAAGAGCUCGCACACAGCACCUACUACCAGAACGACCUCGCCCUCGUCGAGCCGCACGACCCAGACGCGUGGAAGCGCGUGAAGCCAUAUUCCGCGGGCUACCGCCGGCACCCCGUAACCUUCAUUCCGGCCGGGCAGACGUCGUCAACGUUCCCGAGCACCUCAUCGCCGCACACGCCCAGCAGCAGCGGGGCGGACGUCGCGGCGCGCUACCUCCGGCUCGUCGGGAUCACCUCCUCUGCACCCACACCCGCCGCCGCCCCACCGCCGGAAAACUGCGCCAGCUGCAACCUCCCCAUCGCCACCGGGCACGAGCUGACGCUCGCGCACCAGUCGUCUUUGGAACACAGUUUCCCGCCGCACCACCACAGACGGGGUGUGGGGCUGAAGAUUCUCGAAGAGAAAGGGUGGGAUCCCGAGGAGCGCAAGGGGCUCGGGAAGCAGUUGCAGGGCGACCGAUACCCCGUCAAGGCGGUGGAGAAGAAGGAUCGUCGAGGACUGGGCGCGACCGCGAAGAAGAAGCCUACGGCGGGCGCAAGGGUCGAGAAGGUAAGGGAGAAGUUGCAUGCCAAGGCGGUCAGGAAGAGGGAGGGCGAGGGGAAGGAGCGCAGGGAGAAGAUCAUGAGGGAGCUUAGGGGAGGUGUCGAUUGGGGCGUCAUGAUGGGCGGGGAGGAGAUGAAGGGGCUGAGAUGAUGUGGGGCCUUGUAGGAGUGCUCAUUACUGCUAUUGCUUGGUUUUGCUUGCGUGGGUCAUCGGCGUUGGGUUUGCUGGAUUGUGCGUAGAGGAAACGGAACACUCGCUCUAGGAUAUAUACCACUCUUCUCAUGAGUUGUCGGCCUCCA